CACCUCAAGAUGCUUUCCCUUCUCCAGGUUUGGGUGCUGGCUUUCUUGUCACUGCGAGGGACUUUUUCUGAGGUUGCAAUUGAACGUCUAAGCUUAGAGGAAGGACAGAAUCUGGAUCUCCACUGUGUUAACAAUAAAGGCAACAGCUCAGCUCUGGAAUGGAGGGAUCCCCUUGGUUUUGCAAUAUUUUUUAAUGCCUGGCAAGCAGGUGUAAGAGGUGGAAGGUAUACACUCCUGCAUUACUCAAAGGGUGCAUUAUCCAUUCGCCUUUCCAACAUAACAGUACAUGAUGAAGGGCUGUACACAUGUCUCUACUACAGCAGGACUGUUGGAAGCAAACUAGUGAACGUUACAGUUUUUGCCCUUCCUUCCAAACCUUUGUUGGAAGCUUUGAGGACUACAGUAGACCACACAGAAGAAAAAAUUGUCUUAAGGUGUUCCACUGAAGGCAGCUGGCCUGCCCCUCAGAUUACUUGGCUGCUACAGAAUGGGAUGGAAAUCUUUGGGGACACCCAACACCAGCUAGAAGCCAAAAAGUUCCAUUCAGUAAGCAACUUGACCAUCUACGCAUUCCCCCAGGGCUCUGUCAUUUCUUGCGUGAUACACCACAAAGCCCUAGGAAAAAGGAAUUUGACUACAACUAUGCACUUGGAACAUGCCAAUUCAGAGGAAAUAUUCAACACAACAGAAGGAAGUUCUAGUACACUGACCACCGGCUUGACUCCGGAGGUAGCAACUCUGCAGACUAAUUCCACCAAUGAACAAAAGCAAAAUAUAACAGAAGAAACUGUUAGUAUUCCAACACUGUCCCCAAACACAGAUGCAGCAACUCAGAGUUCUGAUGCCACCAAUGAAUCCAAUCCAAUAUUCCAUGUAACAGAAGGAAACUCAACCACACAAACACCAUUCCCAAGUACGGAUAUAGCAGUUUGGACAAGAAAUCAAACAGAUGUGAUCUCCAAAGGCUUUGUGGAGAGAAAAGACAACAUUUUGUUUCCAGGCCUUGUGUCUUUACUCCUUCUUGCCCUCUUGAUCAUGGUCCUUCUCUUCAUUGUGAAGCUAUGCAAAGCACAUAGGGACUGGAAAAACGAAAAUGAUGCUUCUGAUCAAACCAUUGAGAGUAACAGGCCCAAGGCCAAGGAAGCCCCUUGCAGACCACAGAAGAAUGCAUGCGCAAUCCCUUGGAGGAACAGUAAGAAGUACACAAUUCAAGAAUCGUAUACCAGGACGCCAAAACCUUCAGAAGGGAGUCAAGAGUCCUCAGUCUUUGAAAAAGAAUUUUCCCACAUUAAAGAAACGGAUAUAUAACACUACGGACAAUAUUGUGUCAGAUUUAAUGGCAAGAACAAUCUUCUCUUUCAUUUUCUUUCCUGCCCUGCACCGUUCUGCAAAAAUCUCUUCAAAAAUCCAGAUUUUGGGGAGGAUUUCAGAUGAGAGAAAGAGACCUC